ACGGUUGUUCCCUGCUUUGAAUGAGUUAUAUUUAGAAGUAAUUUCAGGUAGAAAGGAACAUUUUUUUUGUUAAGGAAUAAUCCAUUGCCCCAAAAAAAAAAAAAUCUCUUAGGAAAGCCAUAAGGGGAAAACACAUAGAAUGGUUUCUCCUAUUGGCCAAAUGGGAGGAGACCAACAAUAAACCCAACAGAAGAAACAGAACUUCAACCCCUAGUCCGGUUCCAUAAUCUUAUGGAACACCAUUAAAUGACAGAUAAAAAGUGAAGGGAAAAACAAACAUAGAAGGAGAGGAGGAGGGGGAGGCAAAGGUUUUUCUUGUUUACUGGCAAGAUGUGGAACCCGAGAGACCUGGCGUCGCCGGAGAAGAAAGGCGUGAAUGGGAUCGUGGCGGUGGCAAUAGACCGGGACCGGUCCAGCCAGCAUGCCCUCAAGUGGGCCAUUGAUCAUAUCCUCGCACGUGGCCAGACUGUUGUGCUCAUUCAUGUCCGGACGAAACCCGUCGUUCCAGGUUCGGACCUCGACUCACAGACCAAGGAGCUGUUCCUUCCUUUCCGGUGUUUUUGUACGCGUAAGGAUAUACAAUUCACGGAUGUUAUACUAGAAGAUCCCGACAUUGCAAAGGCAUUGAUCCAACACGUUGCUAACAACGGGAUUGAGCAUUUGGUGUUGGGUGCCUCGUCGAGAUCCGGCCUUCUUCGAUUCAAGAGUGGUGAUGUACCGAGCACCAUAUCAAAGAGCGCCCCCGAGUUCUGCACGGUUUAUGUCAUCUCAAAAGGGAAGAUAUCAUCCAUGCGCUCAGCAUCACAUCCUGCUCCAACCAUAUCCGCUCUGUACGGCCAAAUGCUAACUCACUCGCAGUCAAGAUCGAGUGCAACAGAGUCGGACCUUCCUGAACCUAACAGUGUAAGAGAUGAUGAACGAUCACCGGUUGAACUGCCACAAAGCUCACGGAAUAGUGAAGAAUUCAUUAGACAUCAGCUCACUAAAGGGAGAACCUCAAAUGGAAGAUAUCCUCUGGAAAUCCUCCCCCGUGACCGUGACGAUAGCAUAUUCUCGGUCAGCUCUGGGAGAACGAGCAUUGAUUUUCAGUAUCUUCCUUCCUACAACAAUAUGGAGAGCGACCUGAGUGUAAGACUAUCUGAUGCCUCGGAUAUGGACUACAAGAUGAGCUUCGAGUCGUUUCAGAGGUCAUUAGAGGCCACUUCUCCUCAUCGUAACUCCUCAGUUUCGGGCGGUAGUGAAGCCAGAUCCCCUUCCGCGAACUCUUCACCAAUGAAUGACGACGUGGAAGUGGAAAUGCAGAGGUUGAAGUUGGAACUGAAGCAGACAAUGGAAAUGUAUAGUGCAGCUUGCCGAGAAGCGCUCAUUGCAAAAAAAACGGCAGAAGAACUUGAACAAUGGAAAGCAGAAGAAGAGAGGAGGUUAAAGGAGUUACGAGUGGCCGGGGAAGCUGCUCUCAUGCUAGCGCAGAAGGAGAGGGCCAAGUCAAAGGCAGCAAUGGAAGCAGCUGAAGUGGCUCGUCGGGUCGCGGAUAUGGAAGCACACAAGAGAAGAAAUGCGGAGAUGAAAGCAAUAAAGGAAGCAGAGGAGAAGAAGAAGAUAAUAAACUCACUCGGGCAGUCUUAUAUUCAGUACAGGAAGUACACGAUCGAGGAAAUCGAAGCUGCCACAGACUUCUUUGCAAAGUCCCGCAAAAUUGGGGAAGGCGGGUACGGGCCUGUGUACAAGGGGUACUUGGAUCAUACGCCUGUCGCUAUAAAAAUUCUGCGUCCCGAUGCAGCUCAGGGCAGGUCCCAGUUUCAGCAAGAGGUUGAGGUCCUCAGCUGCAUAAGGCAUCCAAACAUGGUCCUCCUCCUCGGAGCUUGCCCCGAGUAUGGAUGCUUAGUCUAUGAGUUCAUGGGCCGGGGAAGCCUGGAGGACCGGCUCUUCCGACGAGGAGGCGGGCCCCCACUGUCAUGGCAGGUCCGAUUCAAGAUUGCUGCCGAGAUUGGUACUGCCCUUCUGUUCCUCCACCAAGCCAAGCCCGAGCCAAUCGUGCAUCGGGACCUGAAGCCUGCCAACAUACUCCUGGACCGAAACUUCGUGAGCAAGAUCAGCGAUGUGGGGUUGGCCCGUCUUGUCCCUCCCUCAAUUGCCGAUACUGUGACCCAGUAUAGAUUGACUGCGACGGCUGGCACAUUCUGUUACAUCGAUCCAGAGUAUCAGCAGACAGGAAUGCUCGGGGUUAAAUCAGACGUGUACUCUCUUGGGAUCAUGUACUUGCAAAUCAUAACUGCGAAGCCUGCAAUGGGCCUCACCCACAUUGUUGAGCAAGCCAUUGAAGAUGGGAGGUUCGAGGAUGCUCUGGACCCGGAUGUGCCUGAUUGGCCCAUGGAGGAGACGCUGCGCUUCGCGAAGCUCGCACUCAAAUGCUCAGAACUCAGACGGAAGGACCGCCCCGAUCUCGGGAAGGUUGUGUUGCCCGAGCUCAAUAGGCUGAGGGCACUCGCUGAGGAAUCAAUUCAUCUCACGCUAUUGUCCGCCCCCACCAUCUGGAGCUCGUCAGGAAUUAGCCAGAGCCAGGUCUCCUUGUCCUUGGGAAACAUGAGCCCACCACCAGGGCAUUCAGGAGGCAGCUGGUGAAUAUAGCAUGGUCGAAGCUACUGCAAUCGGUGAACGGGAGGUGGCAUGAGAAUAGCUGUUUAUGCCAGCUCCAAGGGGGAGAAAUGAUAUGCCAGAGAGCGACCCUUCGAGCCUUGAUAUGAUGUUUCGACCCGAAUUUAUUUUAGCAGGUCAAGGAACUUCCCAGUGAAGUGAUAAUUCAUACAUUAAGAACAUUUACCUGUCCUGUAUGGGGACUCUUUCUCUCCUUAAUUCUCCGAUGGUCACUAUAUGGACCCUUCACGAUACAAUGGAAUUGUUUUCUGUUCGAGAAACCUCAUUGUAUCAUUAAUUUUGCCGAUAUUGAUCCCCUUCAUGGGUACAUAUACAUAUGUUGU